CCCCCAAACCACAAACGUAAAAGAGAGGAUUUGAUAAGUUUGAGAGAGGAGGAGGAGUCAUGGGAGAAGAAAUUAUGGCAGCGGCAAACUACUAUUCGAAGGACUUUGAAUGGGAUCAACUUCGGCAAGAGAUCGAAAAUAAUCCUUCUCUUGCUCACCAUUUACUUCCUUUUCCUAAUUCUUCUAUCACCCAAAAUCAACAUACCCUUUUGUCUUCUCCACUUUCUUUAUGUUCUCCGCAGGAAGAUUCUGAAGCAUGGAACAACUUCCACACUCGCCAUUCCACUGGCAAAUUCUUCAAGGAGCGUCGGUACUUGCUUAAGGAAUUCCCAGAGCUUGCCUCUUGCGGGGGAUGCUCGACAGUUUUGGAGAUCGGAUGUGGAAAUGGUAGUACAGCUCUGGCAGUACUUCGAGGAAACAAGAGCAUCUCUCUGUAUGCCUGUGACUGCAGCAAAGAGGCUCUUGAGAGGGCUAAAGAGAAUAUUGAAGCUGCUGAUAUCAACUUGGCUAAAGAGCGUUUUUACCCAUUCCAAUGUGAUUUUUCUGCUAGUGGAUUUCCAAAUUGGUUAGUCUGCACUUCUUGCCGUGAAAGUUCCUUCCAGAAGCAGAAUAUGUGCCCCUCAGGUGCAAGAGGCUGCAGCAAGCAAGAUUUCCCUAAUCCACUGAUAUUUGCCAAGAACAAUAGCUGCAUUGCCGGAGUAGAUUUUGUUACCUUAAUAUUUACUCUAUCAGCAGUGCCACUUCACAGGAUGUCAAGAGCAAUCACAGAAUGUUUCUCUGUUCUAAAGCCUGGAGGACUGUUGUUAUUCAGGGAUUAUGGUCUUUAUGAUAUGACCAUGCUUCGGUUUGAGCCAGAGCAAAGAGUAGGAUACAGGGAGUACAUACGUUCUGAUAGAACAAGGUCUUACUUCUUUUGCUUGGAUAGUGUUAGAGAUCUCUUUUGCGGCUCAGGAUUCACUGAGCUUGAGCUUGAAUAUUGUUGUGUCCAGUCAGUAAAUCGACGGAAUGGGAAGAUCAUGCGAAGAGUAUGGAUUCAUGGGAAGUUCCAGAAGCCACAUGUCCAAGUAGGUCCAUAACCCUGUGGUUUUGAUGGGAGAAAGUGAGCUUGCAAGCAGCUAAAUUAAUGUUCCUUAAGCUUAAGAAACUGAAAAAAAAGAUGACCAUGUAUUAUUUAUACCCUUAAUCAUCCUCCAACAGUGCUAAAUCAAUGAUGUGUAGAAGUGGCACUUUGUCUCGUGAAUCAUAUGAAGUAGUGCUGUGAUUAUAUGAUGAUAUACAGAAAAGGAUGAGCAAAAAUUUGACAAGAUGGUCAUAUUCUUUCUGUUGACUCUGUCAGGUGUUAUCUUAAGCUUGGGGCUGUUUUAAGGUCAGUUUACACUAUGAUGGUGCAGUUUGGUUUGAGAAGCUUCUCAAGGGUGAAUUAUUGUUGUUCCUUUGGAAGAGAAUUUAAUUGUGAAGAGUCAACUUGAAGGCAGGAAGUAAAAAAUGCAUGUUGGCAAUUAAACGUUUUUUUUUUUCGUCAUUAUCAGACAUUCAAAAUUGUAAUGUAGAAUAUAUUGUCAUGCUACGUUUAUCGUCUGACUGAAUUGGUGAGCAGUUUUUUUCCUGCAAUCAUGCAUGCCAUCAUACAAUAGAGGAGAAAAUUUUGAGGAUUCAUAUACCUGACCCAACUAGUUUAAGGCUUAGUAAUUGUUGUAUGUCAUAUCAUUAUUCACUUUGCAACAAUAAUUUUAGAACUAAAACAUCACUUGCUAAGUUCUGGCUUUGCAGAACCA